ACCCGUCAUCAGUUGAACAUGGCGCGGGAAACCCGGGAAGAGCAGGAGAUGGAUGUCUGCGGAGGAGCCGAGGAGGAGACGGGCAGUCUCUCUCCGUCCAAGCUGAAACUGUACGAGACACAGUUCUUCGGCUUCACCCCGCAGACAUGUAUGUUGCGGGUGUACAGCGCCUUCCAGGACUGCCUGUACGACAUUUUACCCGUCGUGGAGAAGGUGUGUGUGAGGCAGCUGAGCAAAGGCGAGUCGGACGGGGCCGAGGAGUUGCUCCGGACCCGGGCCCGGGAGUGCAGCCGGAAGCUACAGCAGUUCCUCGAAGACCGGUUCAAGCCGCUGUCGGAGCGGAUGGAGGCGCUGCUGCUCAACCGGUGCUUCUCCGUGCCGCCAAAUGUCCUCCUGCCCGAGGACAAGUCUCACAACAACUACCCCCAAGACAUGCAGGAGGUGCUGAGGUUGGAGUCGUCCCUUGCUGAUCUCCAGGGAGCCUACGAAGCAGAAGUCUGUGCCCGGCAGGCGCUGCUCGCUGAGCUGGAGGAGCAGAGGGAGGUGCAGAAGCAGCUGGAUGGGAUCCUGAUGUGGGUCAGAGAGCUGCAGGACGCCUGGGUGAAGGAAGGUAACGGCAGCUUCCAUGAGAGCUUCCGGCUGGUGAUGGAGUCCGUAAAGAGACUUCAGGAGGCCGCUGGGGAGGUGUGCAACAAGGCGCCUCAUUGAACUGAGCUCACAUUUGUAAAACAGACAUUCCUCAACAACCUUUUUAUAGUUUGUUCUGUUUGUAAUGUAUUUGAUAGAGAUGAGAGACUUUAGAAGACGUCAGUCGCAGCAAGGCGGGCAAUAUUUAGUUUGUGAGUCUGGGUUUCAUCUGGUUUGUAGAUAAUGAAUCAUCAAUUAAUUCAAAUAUGUAAAUAUUGUAAAGCAGCAUACAUUACUCUGCCUUUAAAAAGCUGGUUUUGUCACGUUGAUCAGAAAGUUUUAACUGCUGUUUGUCGCGAAGAUGGCGGCGUUGUUCGUUCCCUGUAAAAAGACUAAAAACUUGUGCUCUGAUGGCUUUAUGAAAUUCUUUUUUUAAAAACACACAACUGCAGCAUUGGCUAGCAUUAGCAAAGUUUAGCUUUGCACUAAUGUAAUGUACAUAAUAAA